CUCACUUCUCGCCUACGUUGUAACGGCAGGCGUUCAGACAGAAUAGAACAUUCUGCCAAGCAGAAGUCAGACCACCGAUUCCUGUCUGCAGACACGCGAUAUUCUCAGUGGCCAGCGCCAACCGUUGUAUCCCAAGUAUCCCGUCGGUCUGCUGAGACUCAAGCAGGCAAGAAGAUCUCGCGAAUCAGACCACCAAUAUUCGUCUGGAGACACGCGACAAUGUCAUACCAACAGGCGAAACCACCAAUCGUCACCGCGAUUCGCAACGACACCCCCCUGCCGCAUAUCCCGAUCGGAGGGGGCGUCAGGGAUAAAACCCUGCAUGAUGCAAGCACUUCAGCUCACCGGGUGGACCUCCCAAGUGUCCUGCAGCGAACCGUUGUCUCUGACUACUACACGCAAGUUGCAGACCGGUUUCUUGACAAUGCAGACUUCAGUCGGCUUAACGGCGUCAACCUCUCACAUCCCGACCCUACUAUCCUAUACCACCGCAACGAGUCCGAUGUUGCGAGGUCAAUCGAGCAAUCCAUCAACCGAGAGGUCGGGCUGAUCAUUGUUGGAGGCCAUGCACCGGGAACGUUGGAAAUCGACAGCACUACCCAGGCUUGGAAAAAGAUCGAGAUCCACAAUCGCGAGCCAUUCGAGCCAGCAUCAGUCAUUACCAUUCCCGACUGGAAAGCCAAGUGCACCUUGACCGCUCCUGGCAAAGAACCUGUUCAGUCCACUCUCGUCCAAGAGUAUAAGGACAUCGGCUUGGUCGUUGUGGAUCAGCUCGCGAGAGAGUGCGAUAUGAGCUUCGAUAGAUGGACGGCUGUGGAGGCCGAGAACAGAAAGAAAGCGCGCGAACUGUCGGAUAGAAUCGUCAUGGCCAACAAUCAGGGAACGGUUCCGGAUUUCAUUGGCCUACACAGUGGCGUCCGAAGCGUCAUGACACCUCAGAAUCGUGAGAUCGUCAACACGUUGGGCCGAAAAUAUGCCAACCCCUUCACGCAAGAUGUCGCGACCACUCUUCAUCAGCUGACGAACUAUGUCGUCAAGGAAGAUGCUCCCUACGCCAUUCUCGGCGACUACAGGUCAUUGGCCAUCUUUGAGUACACGGAAAUGAAGGAAUUCCCGAAGGUUGAUGAGGUUAGCCGACUUCGCCGAGGCCCCGGCAACAAGGUUCGAGUCCUGUUGCUCAACAAUGAGUCGCACAAGAUCCGCCGCAACGUUCUUGGUGCUUGGCUCAAGGGCAUCGGAAGCGAAUCAGGUGAAGCCUGGAUGAAGAGCACCGGAAGUGUCCAGAACGAAGACACGGCGUAGGAAAUGGGAAUUUAAUUCGGGGUUGAGUCAUGGACGGCGAUGUUAGCAUGGACCACGGCAGGCGUCGGCGGGUCAUUAAUAGGAUGAUUGGACCCCGCUUGGAGUUUUGGUACCCUUGGUCAACGUUGCUCUACAGGGUUGAUACGUGUAAUUAGUAACAAUAAAGACGGGAGGUCUCAGUAAAAGUUUCGUGCU